UCCGGGACUAAUUUCAUGUCCUAGAUAAUUACCUGUUGUCGUAAGGCGUGCCAGUUUUACCUUUCCUGCGUUUUUAGAGUAAUUAUGGCCGCAUUAGCUUUGCAACUUCAGCCAGAAUAUGGCUAUGUGAUUCUUGUCUUCAUUGCCUCAAUUUUCUUGCUUCAGUGGUUGGGCAUUCGUGUUGGAAUGGCUCGUAAGAAAUAUGAAGUCAAGUAUCCAAAGAUGUACACGGAGCCAUAUUCUCACGUUUUCAACUGUAUACAAAGAGCUCAUCAAAACACAUUAGAGGGUUAUCCUAUGUUUUUAGUGCUUCUAUUUCUUGGUGGCAUUUUAUAUCCAAAAUUGAGUGCUGCAUCCGGUGCACUUUGGAUUGCCUCUAGGGUUGUCUAUGCUUUAGGAUACUACACUGGGGAUCCGGAGAGAAGAAGAUUUGGGGCGUUCGGCUAUAUUGGACUACUAACUAUGCUCGUGAUCAAUGUUAUAUUUGCUCUCAAGCUCCUUGGUAUUGUUGCACAAUAACUGACAUGGAGACAAGUAUGCAGCUCAGUAUACCUGCUGAUUUGUACAUAAAGGGCAACUCUAUGUUGAUUUUAUUAUACAUGUAAUUAUUUUUAACAUUAAAAUAUAUUAACAAUAUACAAAAAGUGUUAUGCAGCCAGUAUUUGGACCUUGAACUGGUGUCUGACGAAGAGGAAUUUGCAAGGCGGAAUUGUGAUAGCAACAGGUGUAUGAUCUUGCAGUAAAAUCUACCAGAGCCUGAAAUACAAUAAAAAUCAUAAUACAUGUAUGCUCAAAACACCAUUUUAUCAUGUACGUCAUUGUAUUUUAGUAUUUAUUUUACAUUAUAGUUGUGACUCUACAUUUGUGACCAUAUACAGGACUGUGCUGGUAUACAAUACGCAUUUUUCUUCCCUUUAUGUAAAUUGUACUUACUCAUAUUUAUACUAUACACAGAAGAAAUGCACAUGUUUUUCAUGAAAAAUAAUAAACAAUUUUCCAUUGACAAAAA